AUGAGCAAAAGCGACAGCAAGGUGCCCGUAGAGCGUCGGGCCUCUAUGAGGACAUCGAUGAGGUUAUCGGUGGCUCCGGGCGAGGACGACGACUAUGAUAUGCAGGUGAUGGGCAUUUCUGACGGGUUUCGGCCUACAAACGUUGCACAGGACCAUAUUUCGGAUCCUGCGGCGUCGCCGCAACCAACUCCUGCAACACAAGCGAAGCCACAGAGGCCAUCGAGUAUAGCGAAACCGCCUCAAUCGCGUGAAUCUCUCUCACUGCGCCAUGACGGCGGCAUGGGACCAGAGGUGGAGUGCGUGGCCGCGAGUUCCUCCAGCAAUGUGAAUGAUAUUGUUGGCGCGUCCAUCGUGAGAUCGGAGAGUCCCUACCAAGGACCUUCAGGGCCAUCGUUUCCGUAUCAAAUGUACCCCCAGGAUGUUCGCGUCGCAAGGACGGCCAGCAUAGCGACCACCUCUACCGUUCCCACCUCCGAACGCUCGUACAAUGGUCCAAACAACCCGACCCACCCGUACCAGAUGUACCCGCAAGGCACAGUCCCGACCGUGGACAAUACCGAAGAAAGGGCAACGCCAGUGGCCAUCCCGGUCGGAUUUGGCGGAGCGAUGGAUAAUUACCAGAGGCGGCUGGGACCUGAUGGAGAGGAGAUUGCAGAUAUGAUCGGGCCCGAUGGACACACCGAGCAACUACCUCCGUACACACGGUAUCCUGAUGAGGCGUAUCAGAGGAAGAUUGCCGGAAUUGGUGGAAUGCCGGUCGAACCUUCGCCAGCAGAAUCGUCGUCGGCAACGGCCUCUACGCGCAUGGAAUCUAUACCUGGAGCUGGUGGUCUUGGCCUUGCAACACGGAACCCGGAGUUUGCCUCGACGGAGGAUCUUCCCCUUCAAGGUGCCACUUCACCUCAUUCGCGACAGUCGCUGAGGAGUGUGCCAAGUGAUGCCAGCAGCCAGCACGAGGUCAACACCGCGGCGAGGGCAGUCAUCGACGAGAAGAAGCCUUUAAAAAAUUGGCAGGUUGCCGCGAAAAGAAAAGUUUGGGGUGUAGUCCCUUGCUGGGCUCUCACCUUGACUGUCAUCAUCGUCGUCAUGCUGGCCGUUGUUCUGGGGACGGUCUUGGGCAUAUUCUUUAAUAAGCCCAAGCGGCCCCCACCCAAUGAUAGCUCAUCGCCGACCAUGACUUUCGACGCAACACCGCUGCCAACAGUGCCAGCCGGCCUCGAACCCUUACCGGGUGGUAAGUUUGCUUUGCCUCUGACGGUGACACGAACACCGGCGACGUGCUUCAACGAUAGCACACAAGCACAAGCGUGGAACUGCAACCAAGUCUUCGCUCAGCUCACUAUGGAAAUCAUGGAGUUGGCACAUGCCCCCGACACCUCGCAAUAUUCGAUGAGUAUUGACUACAACACGUCUUACACCAUUGAAGAUAACCAGUACUCGUAUGGAAUGCAACCUCCAUCGGUACAAGAUAUACAGCUUUUACUGGUCACCGACGUCAAUGAGCCGGCACGUGGACCGGCGUGGGCUUUUGAAGUUACUUACGACAAGACCGUUAUCUUACCCGAGACUCUCUUCCCUACACCAACAUCCACAGCCGCAAACGCCAAGAGAAGCCCGCCACCACCCCCUCCACCUGGCGGCUUCCGUGGCGGCGACUUUCACCGUAAAGGCCUGGCAGAAGAAGGAGAUAAGCCCUGGAUCUGCACGUGGCAAGGAACAAUUCUGGAGGUUUUCGUAUACCCCAAUCAGAACAACAGCCAGCCGUCAGACCUGGUCAAUUUCUCCGGUUUUGCUAGUUCUACGUCCACGACCAGCACCCCGGUGACUAGCACAUCAACGACUACAACGCCAACUUCUACAGGCUCGACGUUUGAGUGGUCGCCAUCGGACUUUAGGAACGGUUUCGCCACUACGAAGGCCGAGCGACGAGAUCCUACCACUACAACCCCCCCACCGACUACUGCUACUGCAACCUCAACAACGACAGGACUCUUCGACACCUCCAAACCAGUGCCGAGCGACUUUCGCGUACCGUUCUUCCCUCGCGUUGUCAAGAUGGAAGAGCGUCGCGUUCCCGAGGAAGGUCAAGCUCCCCCUUCCUGUCGCCAGUACCAGAUCAACAGCAAUGGGCCUGCAACACCCCUGAAGGAUAGCAAGGGCAAUUUCAUCGAAGUGACCAUUGUCGAGAACGAAGCAAUUUCCGACCCAUCCCGCAAGAGGAAACAGAGAUACGUGGGUCGACAUGUCAUCCAAGACUACCUUGAUGAUGGCAUCAAGCGUCGCGACUCAUCCGAUAUGAGCAACUGCGGCUGCAUGUGGUGGGCCACCUGA